AUGCCUGCGGCGGCCGUUCCCGGAGGCGGCGGCGCCGCCGACGCCGAGGAGCUGUUCCGCACCAAGCGCAUCCCAGAGAUUCGCGCGGCUGAGGGCGCCACCCGACGCGAGAUCUCCGCCAAGGAGGAGGAGCUCCGGCAGCUCGUCGGGCGCAGCUACCGCGACCUGCUCGACUCCGCGGACUCCAUCCUCCUCAUCAAGCAGUCCUCCGAUGCCAUAUCCGACAACCUCGCCCGCAUCUCCGGCUCCUUGUCGUCGCUCUCGCCGCCCCCUGAACCCUCUCCCACCGUAAGCGCCACCUCGCCGUCCCCAUCAGCUAGAGGGCGUGCGAGGCUGUACGCGCUGUCCGCGAGCGCCAAGUACCUGGUUGACACUCCGGAGCACAUCUGGGGCCGGCUCGACGAGGGCCUGCUCCUGGAGGCGGCGGGUCGGUACCUGCGGGCUCAGGUCGUGCACGGGCGGCUCUCCCGCGACGCAGCGGCCGCCGCGCGGUUCCCACUCCUCGCGCACCAGGCGCAGCUCGUGGAGGCGUUCCGGCCGCAGAUCGCCCAGCGCGCGCGCGAGCGCCUCGCCGACCGCCGCCUCCCUGUAGCGGCUCACGCUGACGCGCUUGCGGCCGUGGCCGCCAUCGACGCCCCGUCGCUUGCCCCGGCACAGGCGCUCCUCCUCUUCCUCACCUCGCGCCGCGUUUGGAUCUCCCAAGCCCUAGUUGGGCUCGCCUCGGAUCUGUCAUCCUACACCUCUGUGCUGUGCGAUAUCGCGAGGAUCGUGCGGAUCACGCUUGGCCACGUUGGACAGUUGUUUGUGCCUGCACUCAGUGAUAUGCCUUUGUUCUUCAAGACGGUGCUUGAGAAGAUGCCGCCUGAGCAGUUGUUCGGUGGCAUUCCGGACCCUGAUGAUGAAGCACGGUUGUGGAAGGAGCACAUGAACCAGCUUGAGGCUACAAUGGUGCUGCUUGAGCCAGAUGCCAUUGCAGGGGCCUGUACGGAUUGGCUCAAGGAAUGUUGCACUGAAAUUUUUGGUGUGAUUGCUGGUGAGCAAAAGUUGGUUGAUGCCAUUGGGAGCGGGGAGCUGCUUGGAUCAGUGCAAAGGCUUGUACGUGAUGCACUAGAUGGGAGGGACGGGUUGGAGGGAAGACGGCAAGGAUAUUUUGAGGAUUGGAUGGAGGAAGCAUUUGUGCGGCGGAUGAAGGACAUUGUGCAUUCAGAGCUUGAUAGAUUGGGUGCUAGUGUUAACAUGAAGGAAUCAGUUUACGCUAUUGGUGCCAAUGCUGAUCCAAAGGAUGCUGGAGAUUUCCUUGCAUACCUGCGGAAAUCUUCAAAGGGCGGUGGUUUCUGGUUCUCAGAGUCUAAGAUCAAGAAAGGCGGAGUUUUGGCACACUUGAAACCAAUUGCUGAUGAAAAUGAUUUCCAUAGCUGCCUAACAUCGUAUUUUGGGCCAGAAGUUAGUCGGAUCAGGAGUGCAGUUGACAGUAAAUGCAAAAAUAUCCUGGACGAUCUGUUAAGCUUUGUGGAGUCACAUAAUUCAGCCCCAAGGCUGAAGGAAUUGGUGCCAUACCUCCAGGAGAAAUGCUACAGGACCAUCUCGGGAGUACUGAAAGAAUUAGAAGCUGAGCUCAGAAAGCUCUCUGCUUUGUUGGGAACCAAAAAGGAGGGUAACGACAUACCUGCAGCUUCUAUUAUAGCGGAGAGGUCUCUCUUCAUUGGUCGUCUCUUUUUUGCGCUGAGAUACCAUUCAAGUCAUGUACCCCUGAUACUAGGUUCUCCAAGGGAGUGGGUAAAGGAGGCGGGUGGUGCAGCAUUUGCCAAGUUAUCAUCACCUACACCAAGACAUUCAAGAGCAUCUUUUGAUUCUUUGGUUUCUUUUACACCCAGAAGGCGCACAUUUGACAGUCCCAGGAGUCCUGGAAGGCAAUUAUCGGAUAGCCCCAGAAGACAAACUAUUGCUGCUGCAGUAUCUUUGUUUGGCGCUGAUGAUAGAUCCAAUCCUAGACUUGAUGAACUCAAUAAGACCCUGCAGUCACUUUGCAUCAUGGCUCAUAAUGUAUGGAUAGCAUGGGUGUCCACUGAAUUAUGUCACAUUCUUUCAUAUGAUCUCAACAAAGAUGAUUCACUAUCCUCUUCAACUCCUUUGAGGGGCUGGGAAGUCACAGUAAUUAAACAAGAGGAAACAACUGAGGGUCCCUUGGAGAUGCAAAUAGCUCUUCCAUCGAUGCCUUCAUUGUACAUCAUAUCCUUUCUUUAUCAAGCAUGCCUGGAGAUUCAUAAGGUUGGAGGGCACAUCCUGGACAGGAUUAUUUUGCAGAAUUUUGCAUGGGAGCUACUGCAGAAGGUCAUCAAUAUUUAUGAAAAUUUUCUUUCAUCUGUUGAAUCUGGGAAUUCUCUGGUUUCAGAGAAAGGAAUUCUGCAAAUACUGCUAGACUUGCGUUUCAUUGGUGAUGUCCUAUCAGGAGGUAAAAGUUCUUCCACCAACACUACUGAAAUGCAGACAAAUUCUUUGCCAAGCACCGUCACCAAGACUUCCUUCAGGAGAAAACAGUCACAAUUACAGGCAGACUCAGCUGUCAUAGAGCCUAUAAACAAGUUAGUCAACAGGCUCUCACAGAGAUUGGAUCCUAUAGACUGGGCCACGUAUGAACCUUACCUGUGGGAGAAUGAGAAGCAAUCUUACAAGCGUUAUGUUGUUCUUUUUGGUUUUUUGGUCCAACUGAAUCACAUGUACACUGGUACUGUACAAAAAUUACCAACGAAAUCAAAUACAAAUUCAAAUAUCAUGAGGUGCUCUCAGGUUCCAAGGUUCAAGUACCUACCAAUCAGUGCCCCAGCUAUAUCAUCAAGAUCACACAAAUCGUCACUACAGUCGCCAUCUAGCGACUCCACAUCUAAAAAUCCUUGGAAAUCCUAUUCAAAUGGAGAUAGAUCUACACCAGAGUUUGAUGAUAAUGCAAGUCUUGUCGGUGCUGCUCCAUUGCUUAAGUCAUUUGUUACCCAGGUGGGGAGCAAAUUUGGGGAGAACACAUCAAGAUGGGGGUCUAUGCUCUCUGACGGGCAGGUUGGUAAGCUAAGUGACAUCCUUCCUGGACCAGCAGCUGGGUUUUUCUCUUCUUUCACAUCUGGAGCUCGAUAUGAUUCAUAG